AUGGAGAAUCCUACCCACUCCCAAGUAGCAACCCAAGGCACAGCUCUUCAAUUCUUGAAGCAACAAGAGGUUGAGAAACUAGCCAAGCACCUCCAAAUUCUCCAAAAGACUUACGAUGAUGCUAUAGCAAGCAUCGAAUCCUUCCACGGCGACAACUUCCCCCUAAUCGCCAGUAGCAUCCUACUCGCUUUGCGAAACCAAGUAGCCUCCCUUCUUCUCAUCAACAGGGCUGAAGAUCAACAUACACAGAUCAUGUCCGACUCCCGGGCCAUCAAAACGGACAUCAAAAAUCUCAAAAAUCUCCUUAAAAGACUAGUCGAACUAGACGCCGUCCAUUCCCCAGGACUGUCAAGAUCGCAGUCCGAUCCCACACCUCAUAUCAAACAAGCCAAGAAGGCGCACGAUCGUCGCCUACAUCUCGCUCUCAUCCGCCUCUGUGGCCGCAAUUGCAGGAAGAAUCUGAGUUUGAAGAGGAUUGAUGCGGUACAAGUACUAUGCGAUAUCACAGUUGUAGAAACACAUCUGCAGUUCCGCCAUGAGGAGCAGAGGGUCAAGAUUAUGGAGGAUUACUUUUUGAGUACGGUGUUGGCGGAUGGGGCGUUUACUCGGUUGAGGUCUAUGGCGCAGAGUGUGAUGGGGAUUUAA